GGACCCUAAAGCCCAAUGUUCAACCCAAUACCCAUUAUCCAAAAGCCCGAACCCCAAACCGAUUCGCUAAACCCGAAAGAAAAGGCGGAGCAGCACACCGAAACAACAAUUGAAACAAAAACAGCGAACACGAACACCACCGGAAUGGAAAUCGACGACGGAGAAUCGCCGGCAGCGCCGACCCGAACUCCGCACAUAAAGAAACGAGCUCUUAAAAACAAAGCCUUAGCUGUAUCGUUCGACGAGAAAGAUCUCAGUGAUUUCUUGACUGGCUUUCACAAGAGGAAGAAGAAAAGAAGAAAGGAAGCCGUAAAAUUGCAAGAAGAGGCCUUGCGGCGCAAGCGGAUUGAACAGCGUAAGAAGAAAAAACUGGAAAGAGAAUAUAUUUUACAUGGAGGAGCUCCACCGCCAUCUGAUGAAAAUGAUGAAGAUGUUGAGGCUGAUGAAGAAAGCAAGACAGUUGCAUCAGUAAAUGGAACAUUGGAGUACGACAAUGGAGACAUGAAAGUUACUGUGACAACUAGCGAAAUCUCUCGUGAAGAUGGGGAUGAACAAAGAGAAAAGAUGCAACCGGCAGUGCCAAAUUCGGCUGGAGUUGAUAAGAAGAAGAAGCACAACUUGGCUGUUAAUAAAAAGAAAUCAUUCAAGAAAGUAUCAAAGCACAAGUCGAAGUCAAGCCCGUACUGUAAAAGAGACAAGAAGGGAAAAAACAAGAACAAGAAGCGUUAAUGGGGUGCGAUUUGGUUGAAAUUGCUUUUGUGCUGGGGAUAUGUAGCAUCCACAAUUACAAUUGCUGAUCGGCGUUCUUGGCCGUGGAGAGAAAUGGCUUACUUGCAUGGUUUAGCUAAAGCUUGCUUUACAAAAGGUGUUCUUAACAUGGUAUAUUUGAACUGAUCCAAUACCACAUUUUUGCAUAGGCAUAAAGCACUAGCAAAGUUUGAACUCUUUGUAAUUUGCUAAUUUUAUGUAUGAUUUUUUUUGUCCAAA